UUUGGAUUUGCAAACUUCGAUUCUUUCACACAACCUUUCGCUUCCACAGUACGAGAAAAUUGUGUGUCCCCAAAGGUUUUCUCCCUGAUGGAGGGGAGGGGUGUGCAAUUAAUCCAAGCAAGAAGAUGGUUGCAUGUUGGUUGAAGUUACACGGAUCUAAUAGAUAUGUUUGUUUUGCAAGUGAAGUUUGGUUUGAAUUCAGGGGUCUUCUUUUCACUUACAUUUGGUGAGUUGGUGAGAAAGUAGAUGUGCUGUGUGAAGGAAACUAGCAAGAGGGGGUCUAAUUGUUUUUACAUGAAAUGCGCAGAGGCCAUUUAGAAGGCCGAAUCGAAAGUCUUAUCCGCUAGGAAUCCUGAGCCGGGACUUGUUCUGAGUCAUGGCCGAGGGAAAGAGCAUCGAGAGCCUUGUGGCGGCUAGAGACUUGUUGAAGACUAGCCUCGACAAGUCGAGGGUUCUUGGCCUUGAGUUAGAUGGAAUGAGUCUAAGAUUGGAAACGGCGGACCAGAGAUUGUUGUCUCUGGAGUCUGCAUUUAGACCCGCCUCUCGGAAAAAGUGCACGUUCCUUGCAAUUGGAGACCACAUAGACUGCGCCAUACGACCGGCGGACGCGGUCCUGAAAGUCUACGAGUCUGUUCGUGAGCUCGAGCACUCACUGUUGGCAAGCCCUUGCUCUAACCUACCGUGUUAUCUUUCAACCGUGAGAAAGCUUGAGCAGGCACUGAGAUUUCUGUCUGACAACUGUUUGCUAGCAAUUCAGUGGUUGCAGGGUGUGAUCGAGCUUUUGGAAGACAAUGGGAUGACCAACGAGCGCUAUGUUUUAAACUUGAAGAGUUCAUUGAGCAUCCUCCAAGAUUUGCAGUCUUCUGAAAUGAAGUCACAUCGUGACGGAGGAGCUCUAAGUAUCGCAUUCGACAAACUAGAAUGUGAGUUUAAGCAGCUUCUGACAGAAAAUAGUGCUCCUCCUGCAUUUGAAUCACUGACAGAAUGUCCCGUGACGAAGGAUGCUUGUGUCGCUUCAUCACCUUUUCCAGCAUCUGUCAUGCAGAAGUUGCAAGCCAUCCUCGAGAGAUUGGAUAUGAGCAACCAGCUGGAAAGCUGUAUACAUGCUUAUGUCGAUGUCCGGACCUUGAGUGCUAGAGCAAGUUUACAAGCUCUCCACUUGGAGUAUCUCGAGAGUCCAACCUUGCAAUUCGAUGAUGAGCAGACAAUAGAGAGUGACCUGGAAAGGUGGAGCCAGCAUUUGCAAUAUGCCAUGAAGCAUGUCUUUGAGCACGAGCAUAGGCUAAGCAUGCAGGUCUUCGAGAAACUGGGGCAGGAAGUUUGGACAAGGUGCUUCACAAUGAUCGCUUCCCGUACUGGAAUUGCAGCGUUUCUCCAAUUUGGAAAUAAGUUCACAGAAAGCAAGAAGAGCCCUGACAAGUUGUUGAAUCUGUUGAAAGUUUUUGCAGUCCUGGACGAUCUAAGAUCAGAUUUUUCUCAGCUCUUUGGUACGAAAGCCUGCGCUGAAAUCCAAACCCUGACAAGAGAUCUCAUUAGAAACGUUGUUCACGGUGCUUGGGAGAUAUUCUGGGAGCUCUCCUUUCAAGUGGAACUACAAAGGCAGAGCCCUCCUCCAUCAGAUGGCAGCGUUCCGCUGCUCGUGAGCUUUGUCAUGGAGUACUGCAAUCAGCUGCUGGGUGACAAGUACAGGCCCACCAUGAUCCAAAUCCUGGUGAUCCACCAGAGCUGGAAGCAUGAAAAGUAUCAAGAGGGGCUAUUCACCAAUCAGAUUUACAACAUCGUGAAGGAAAUUGGGCUGAACUUGGAUUCGUGGUCAAAGGCCUACCACGACCGUGCACACUCCUUCCUCUUCAUGAUGAACAACCACCACUAUUUCUGCAGUCUCAAAGGCACGAAGCUUGGCGACAUGAUGGGCGAGUCUUGGCUAAGAGCACAUGAGCAAUACAAGGAUUACUAUUCCACGCUCUACCUGAAGGAGAGCUGGGGAAAGCUUCUAGCUCCUAUUACACAAGCCGCUACCGAUCUAACAGCUGAAGAGGAACCAAUAGAUAGAGACCUUCUCAAGAAGAGGCUGAAGGCAUUCAAUGAAGCUUUUGAUGACAUGUACAAGAAGCAAUAUAAUUGGAUCAUCCCUGAUGAAGAUUUGAGGGAAAAGAUGUGCCAGCGUGUGGUGCAGGCUAUCGCACCCAUUUAUGGGAGUUACAUAAAAAAAUACACAACUUCUAUCACUCCAGACGACAGUGCCCACCGCUAUAUCAAGCAUUCUGUGCAGAGCUUGGAGAACAUGCUCGGCUCUCUCUUUCAGCCAAAGCACAGAAAGCUCGGAAAUAGUAAAAGUGUGACGACGAAUUACCCCAUCGACAAUAUGAAAAACGCAAUGACCAGUCAACUCUACCUUACUCUGACUGCUGCUUAGUUUUAGCAUCGAUAUGCUCUUCCUAUGUACAGAUGGUGGAAGGAAAAUAUACAUCAUGUGUAUCCUAUGCCUUUCCUAACUAGGCACAUAGUAUUUAUGGCUUUCUCAAGUGGUCAUGUUUCGACCAAAAGAAAAAAAAAGUGGUCAUGUAAAUAUAGUCAAUGCAGUACUCUCUCUUAAGAAUUGUGGAUAGAUAGUCAUGCUGAUCUUAUUGGCUUUUUGCAACAGCAUAUAUUGCGAGCUUA